ACUGACGUGUUAUUGAUUAUUUUCGCAGGGAGAUCCCGCACACAUCCAUCGACGAAAGGAAUGAGGUUGAAUCGGCUGCUGGUGUCCUUCGUUCUGGUGACCCUUUCCAUCUACGCGCAGCUAGCGGAAGCUGACGUGCCCCCGGAGGUGCCCAAUUUGGCCAAGUCCAAGAAGGAUCGGCAAAAGUCCGAGAAGCUUCCGCCAUGUCGAGCCUGCACGGUUCUGGUCAAUUCCUUCCGCGACGGAAUGAAGCGCACGGAACGAUCCAAGCACGACGGCGGUGAUGCCGCCUGGGAAGAGGAACGACUGGGCAGCUACAAAACCAGUGAACUCCGGCUAGUGGAGAUUCAGGAGAGUUUGUGCCGCGAUGUGGGCCGCGGGGAGGACCAAUGUCACCUGUUGGCCGAGGAACACGAGUCGCAGAUCGAGGACUGGUGGAAGGAGCAUCAGACGGCACAGCCGGACCUACACCAGUGGUUGUGUGUGGAGCAGGCCCAGGUUUGCUGUCCGGAUGGGUUCUUUGGACCGAACUGUGAUCCCUGUCCGAGUUGCUUCGGCAACGGAAAAUGCAAGGGCAAUGGAACGCGAAAGGGUAACGGCAAGUGUGCCUGCGAAGAGGGCUACGGCGGGGAUAAUUGCGACAGCUGCGGCCCGGAGCAUUAUAAGUCCUUUCGCGACACGGACAAGCUGCUCUGUUCGAAGUGCCAUAAGGCUUGCGCCGCCGGAGGUUGCACCGGAGCGGGACCGAAUGCUUGUCGCGUUUGCCGGAGUGGCUGGAUCAUGGACAGCCAGCGAGGUGGAUGCACGGAUAUUGAUGAGUGCAUCACGGCCAACACCUGCACUAAGCAGCAGUUUUGCGUAAAUACCGAAGGAUCGUUCAAUUGUUUGGAAUGUGAUAAGUCGUGUGACGCAUGUGACGGCGAUGGUCCAGAUAUGUGCAAGGAGUGCGCUGAUGGAUUCGAACUCCGGGAUGGAUUGUGCACAGAUGUUUCGAGCGAGAAGCGCAACCAGUACGUGGCCUUCACGCGCUAUCUGACCUACCUGGGUCUGUGCAUUGCCACGUGCAUCGUACUGCAAAGUUCGACCUGGUUGGCGGCUCUCGUCGGUCUGGCCGUGGCCGUCUACAUAUCCGUCUCGGAGUACUGGCUCAAUACGGAACCGCAGGGCACUCCGGCCCCGUCACCAAAGAUACUCGACGAGCUGCUGCAGCAGUAGAUGUGUUUUGUGGGAUGAUGAUCUCAGUAAUUUGGGUUCUUCCUUUUAAUCGCGUGCGUGCAGUAGAUAUCACUUAAGAAGAGGCCACAUGAAGUCAGGAAUUGCGUUUUACUAGGUUAUGCCAUUGUUUUAUCAGCCAUUUUCAUAAAGUCAAACUUCAUAAAUUAAGAAAGAAAUAGGAAGCAGCUGUUACAGCAGGAGAAGAAUUAUGCAAAAUGGAUUCCAAGGCGUGCAUUCGAUUCAAGACAAUUACAACAAACCCAUAGUAUUCACCAAAGGCGGAAUGUUUCACUUGGUAGUGACAAAACGUACUCUCUUUCUAAUAAAGCUGGAUAAAAUUUCAAGAA